AUAGGCCAUGGAGAGCAAGAGAGUUUCACCUCUGCAACAACAGUAGCAAGCCCCUCCAUGUCCUGGCACAGCGAAUGCACGCGUGCAUGGAUCUAACAACAAUGUCAACCACGACGACGUCCACGUCCCCAGAGCCCGACCAUGACCGCGGUCACCACCUCCCCUCCUCCACCUCCUUGGUGAUCCCGCCACCAUCGUCGCCGGCGGCGGCGGCGGCAAUGCCAGUGCCACCGCCACCGCCGGCUCUGCCGCCCACGAUCCCGGCCUUCGACCCGCACGACGGGCCGGCGAGCCUGCAGCUGAUCGAGGACCUGACCACCCACGCCGGCGCCAUCCAGCGCCGCGUCCUCCGCGAGAUCCUCGCCGAGAACGCCGGCGCCGACUACGUCCGCCACUUCUUUGGCGCCGACGCCGCGUCCCGCGGCGCCGACGAGCUCGCCGCCGCGUUCAAGUCCCGCGUCCCCGUCGUCGAGUACGAGGACGUCAAGCCGUACAUCGAGCGCAUCGCCAACGGCGCCCCCUCCUCCCUCAUCACCUCCAGGACCAUCACCGAGCUCCUCACCAGCUCCGGCACCUCCGGCGGGCAGCCGAAGCUGAUGCCGUCGACGGCGGAGGAGCUCGACCGCAAGACCUUCGUCUACAACCUCCUCAUCCCCGUCAUGAACCGCUUCGUGCCCGGCCUCGACGAGGGCCGGUGCAUGUACCUGCUCUUCGUCAAGCCCGAGGUCACCACGCCGUCGGGGCUGGCGGCGCGGCCGGUUCUGACGAGCUACUACAAGAGCCGCCACUUCCGGGAGCGGCCCGACAGCCCCUACGCGCGCUACACGAGCCCGACGGCGGCGAUCCUGUGCCCGGACAGCGCGCAGAGCAUGUACGCGCAGCUGCUCUGCGGCCUCGCCCGCCGCGGCGAGGUGCUCCGCGUCGGCGCCGUCUUCGCCUCCGCCUUCCUCCGCGCCGUCAAGUUCCUGGAGCGCCACUGGCGCGCGCUCUGCGCCGACCUCCGCGCCGGCCGCGUCGACGCCGCGCGCGUCGCGGACCCGGCGUGCCGGGCGGCCGUGUCCGCCGUGGUGGCGGGGCCGGACCAGGCGCUGGCCGACGCCGUCGCCGCCGAGUGCGCGGCGCCGUCGUGGCGGGGCAUCGUGCGCCGGCUCUGGCCGCGGACCAAGUACAUCGACGUGAUCGUGACGGGGUCCAUGGCGCAGUACAUCCCGCUGCUGGAGUUCUACGGCGGCGGGCUGCCGCUGGUGUCGGCCAUGUACGCGUCGUCCGAGUGCUACUUCGGCAUCAACCUCCGGCCGCUGGACCCGCCGGAGGAGGUCUCCUACACGCUGCUGCCCAACAUGUGCUACUACGAGUUCGUCAAGGUGGAGAAGGACGGCGAGGAGGUCCGGGACGGGGAGGUGGUGGACCUCGUCGACGUCGAGGUCGGCGGCCACUACGAGCUCGUCGUCACCACCUUCGCAGGGCUGUACCGGUACCGGGUGGGCGACAUCCUGCAGGUGUCGGGGUUCCACAACGCGGCGCCGCAGUUCCGGUUCGUGCACCGCCGCAACGUGGUGCUCAGCGUGGACACCGACAAGACCUCCGAGGACGACCUCCUCCGCGCCGUCACCGCCGCCAAGCGCCUCCUGGCGCCGCUCGGCGCCAUCCUCUCCGAGUACACGGCCUACGCCGACACGGCGUCCAUCCCGGGCCACUACGUCCUCUUCUGGGAGCUCACCCCGCCGCCGCUGCCCGCCUCCGGCGGCGGCGACGAAGAAGCCGUGGGCCGCGCCAUGGCCGCGUGCUGCGCCGCGGUGGAGGCCGGGCUUGACGCCGUGUACCGGCGGUGCCGGAGCCGCGACCGGUCCGUGGGCCCGCUGGAGAUCCGCGUGGUGAGCCCCGGCGCCUUCGACGCGCUCAUGGACCUCUGCGUCUCCCACGGCUCCUCCGUGAACCAGUACAAGACGCCGCGCUGCGUCAAGCACCCCGACGCCAUCGCCGUCCUGGAGGCGCGCGUCGUCGGCAGGUUCUUCAGCGUUGCCGUGCCGCACUGGGAGCCGCCGUUCCAGGUCGUCGCCGGCGCCGGCGCCGCCAGCUUGGACGAAGGGACGCUGGCGUGAGGCGUGCGUCGCUUUAAGAUCAGGGCCGGCCGGCGGCAGCGCACGGACGGCGGCUUCAAUUCCGGUGAUUACUGCGUAGAUAUAAUUAAAAUUAAUUGUGGAUGUGCAUGAUGUCAGUCUGAUGUGAUGUUCAGUUUUCACGGGAGAGCGCGUGAAUCGUGAUGCGUACCGACGUGUGUUAUCGCUCUAGUGUUGUUCGGUUGCAUUUGAGAUUGAUCAUAUAAUUUGUUCUUGUC